AUGUCGGCUGCAAGCGCGACGGCCGCAUUCCCGUCGCUUGACGGCUCGCCGCAGCUGCGUCGAGCCCCGUUUCAGUCACUUUUGGUAAAAUCUGGGUCAGGAUCCCAACGGCAGUCCCACCUGAUCCUGCGCCAUUCCGUCCCAUGCGGACGCAUCACUCAUCCCGAUCGACCCAAUGCACCCGUGCAUUUAAACCCGCUGCCGCGUUUGGCGCUUUAUUCCCGGCCGCGCCGGGCGGUACGCGCAGCAGCUGCACCUACCCCAGUUGUUUCCGCGACUGCGGCGGCUCCGCGGGGCGGCAGGGACGGCGAAUACGACAGGACUGACCAGUGGGACGAUACGCGCGCACGUCGUUCUGAGGAUUACGAAGAUGACUAUAACGAGGAUUUCUUUGCCAGCGACGUGGCGCUGCCGCCUGGCGCGCGGUUCGGGAAGAGAGACCAACCGGAUGAGAGCUGGAUAAACGACUCUGAUUGGUCGAGGGGAUCCGCGGGGCCGCGCAAAACGGGGCAGGGAGGGGAGGGGGAAGGCUCUCGCGGAAGGCGGCAGCAGGGGGACCGCGGGGGGUUGCAGGGGAGUCGGGGGGGAAGGAGCGGGAGAGACGGGGAAAGCGCGGGGGCGGGUAGGGGGAGGAUGAGGGGAAGCGCAGGCGGGGGGGAUGGCUGGGGGGAACUGGAGGAGGCGGAGGGAGCAGCGGAGAGGCGCAGGGUUUUAGAGGAGCAGGGGAUUGCGCAGCAGCGGAGGGGUUUGGGGUUUAAGGGAGGGAGGGGAGGAUACGGCGGUGGCGAGACGGGGAGGUUUGGGGCGGGGGAAGCAAGAGAAAGGAGCGGUGCUGGGAGGGAGGAGACUCGUCUGGCACAGGGUUCAGGGUUUAGGAGAGAGAGGGAAGGUUUACCUGAGGGGAGGAGGGAGGAGACUCGUCUUGCACCGGGUUCAGGGUUUAGGAGAGAGAGGGAGGGUUUACCUGAGGGGAGGAGGGAGGAGAGGAGUGAGAUGGGAGUGAGAAGGGAGGCGCGAGAGGAGGGGUGGAAGGCGGCGGGCGAGCAGAGGGGCUAUGGGAGGGAAGGACGGGGGGGUGGGUGGGUUGGGGACAGGCGCGUGGGUGGAAAAGAGGAGGACGGUGAGGAAGGGGAGUCGAGGAGCAGAGGCAGCAGCGGCGGCAGCAGAGGCAGCAGGGGCGUGAGCAGGCGGCAGUGGGGGGAGUAUGGGGAGGAGGAGGACAGGGGCGAGCGGGGGACAAGGUCGUUUGGGGUUGCAGCAGCAGCAGCAGCAGCAGCAGCAGCAGCAGGAGCGACCGCAGCCGCAACGGCAGCAGCAGGCGCAUCUCUCCUUCCCCUCACAGCAGCCGCCCCUUCUUCCCCUGCCCUGCCUUCCGCCCCUUCCCCUUCCCGUUCCCCUUCUCCUCCCCUCUCCACUUUCCCCUCCCCUUCCCCCUCCCUUUCCCCCUCCCUUUCCGCCUCCCCUUCCACCUCCCCCUCCGCCUCCCCCACCUCUUCGCGCGCCCCCAAGCUGAAGCUGGCGCGGCCGCGGGGGGUGCCGUCCCCAGGGAAACCGGGGGAGGGCGUGAGGCCAGGCGUGCCGGUGUGCUACGGGUGCGGGGCAGAGCUGCAAACACGCGUGGAAGACGCUCCUGGGUACAUUCCCCCUGACCGAUACGAGAUGCUCAGACUCUCAGAGCACAGGGAAGGCCUUUUGAGUCGACUCAAAAGACUCUCAGAGCACAGGGAAGGCCUUUUGAGUCGACUCAAAAGACUCUCAGAGCACAGGGAAGGCCGGGGGAGGGGAGGGCGUGAGGACGGUUGCGCCGGUGUGGUGUGCUAUGGGUGUGGGGGGGAGCUGCAAACACGUGUGGAGGACGCCCCUGGGUACAUUCCCCCUGACCGAUGCGAGAUGAAAAAACGCCACACGCAGCUGCGAUCACUUGUCUGCACGCGCUGCCAGCAGCUGUCCCACGGCCGCAUGGUACCCCCACACCCCCUUCCCGUCUCCCGUCUCCCUUCUCCCGUCUCCCUUCUCCCGUCUCCCGUCUCCCUUCUCCCGUCUCCCUUCUCCCGUCUCCCUUCUCCCGUCUCCCUUCUCCCUUCUCCCUUCUCCCUUCUCCCGUCUCCCUUCUCCCGUCUCCCUUCUCCCUUCUCCCGUCUCCCUUCUCCCUUCUCCCUUCUCCCUUCUCCCUUCUCCCUUCCCCCGUCUCCCUUAUCCCAGAAAAAGCGCCACAAGCAGCUGCGAUCACUGGUCUGCACGCGCUGCCAGCAGCUCUCCCACGGCCGCAUGGUAGCAGCCGUCACGGGCCACGGCGGUUACCGCGUAACCGGCCCGGCGGACAUGUUUGUGACAGCGGAGGCGCUGCGGCAGCAGCUGACGUACGUGCGCGGGGAGAAGGCGCUGGUGGUGAAGCUCGUUGACCUUGUUGACUUCAGCGGAAGCUUCCUCUCAAGGAUUCGCGACAUCGUGGGACCGAACCCUAUUGUUCUGGUUAUCACCAAGGUGGAUCUGGUACCAGAGGGCACGCACAUGGACCCGGUGGCGGACUGGGUGCUGGCAGCUGUUGCGAAGAAGAAACUCAAUGUGCUGGCGGUGCACUUUGUGAGUGCCAAGGCGCGCACGGGGCUGUCCUCUGUGGCUGCAACCAUUCAACGUGAACGCCAGGGACGAGACGUCUAUGUCCUGGGAGCAGCCAAUGUGGGCAAGUCUGCUUUCAUCUGCGCGUUGCUAGACGAGAUGGCGAGUCGGGACAUCAUGGCAGCAGCAGCGCGGCGUCGUCGCCCCGUGGCCUCUGCCAUGCCAGGCACCACCCUGGGACCCAUCUGCCUCAAGGCUUUCUCCGGUGGAGGGGAUCUGUACGACACGCCCGGGGUGCAUCUGCACCAUCGCAUGGCCGCCAUGCUGCAUCCGUGGGAUCUGCACCACCUCGGCCCGAAGCGACGGCUGAGAUCGUUUGUUGUCACUGGGCCUCUGGAGCAGCACACAGGCGCAGGCAAGGGAAGGGAAAAAACAGAAGAGAAAGCGGAGAAAGCGGAGAGGGGGGAGAAAGGAGAGAAAGGAGAGCAGAAAGAGAGUGUGGAGGAGGCAGGAGGAGAAGCGCGUGCAGAGGAGGGCACCAGUGGAGAGCAGAAGGGGCUUCAAGGCACCUCUCUCUUCUGGGGCGGCCUCGUUCGGAUCGAUGUGGUGAAGGCGCCAGCUGGCACAGCUCUCACCUUCUUUGGCCCCGUGGCCAUCCGCGUAUCCACCGUGCCCACCCCUGCCGCCAAUGCCUUCUAUGAGGCUGAGGUGGGUCGACUGCUAGUGCCGCCAUCCAAGCCAUUGGAGGAGCCAGCUUGGGAGGGGCUGCCGUCGCAGCGGGCCUUCUCCUUCCGCCUGCCUGCCAAGCGCUCCAGCCCGGUAGCUGACAUUGCAAUCUCCGGCCUCGGGUGGGUCUCCUUGUCUGGCGUAAAGUCACGUCAGCGCACCAACCCCGAUGCUGACGUGUCAUCAAGUGACGCCACCACCAGUUCACAUGCUGGACACGUGGAGCCUACUGGCAGCUGGGAUGAUCCCGAUGCUGCGAACGACGCUCGCGGCGGUAUCACUCGCUUCGAAGGCCCUGGUAACCAAACGCCGGGCAUGGGUUACAAUGACGAAGAUGGUCAUGGGAGCAGCGGUUUGUUCGGAAAGCAAGAAAGCGAUGUGGAGGUAGUGGUGCAUGUGCCCAAGGGCAUUGAGGUGUUUGUAAGGCCUCCCAUGCCUGUUGGGUGGUUUGCCAACGACUGGUAUCAGUAUGAGGAGCUCAGCGAGAAAGAGGAGAUGUCGCGGCCUCGGGUGUUCCACGAUGAAGCUUAA